AUGGAGAAACAUAGAGGGGAAGAAAUUUGGAAAACUGGAGGCAAGAGGAAUAUGAAUGCACAGAUGCUUGUCUUAAUAGCAAUUGGUCCGUGGGCGACGAGAUUCUUCCUUCGUUUGCCCUGGAUGGCUGACCGUGAAAAAGGCGGAAGAAGUAGAGUUUUGUGGUCAACAAAGAAGGCAGAACCCUACGAAGAACUAGGAUGGGAUGUGAUGGGAAGGAAGAAGAAGUUGAUGAUGAUGUAA